AUGAGCAGUUUUCUGUUUUCUCCAAUAGAAAUGAACACAACGGUCUGGAUUGUGGAUAACUAUCAGGAAGCGAUCACCAAGCACAUUGUGAUUGUUUUUCUUGCUCUUAUUGUAAAUGUCAUUAACGGAAUGCUAGUGGUGACUUUCUUCUCCAGUCACAUAUUUUCAAGAGACUCCAGAUACAUCUUAUACAUUAACCUGGUCAUUAAUGACAUGCUCAUGAUAUGUGCAUCAGUGGCAAUAUAUGUGUUGACCUACACUGCACCAGUUGUAAAUGCUUCAAUAUGUUAUAUUCUGAUGUCUCUUAGUAAAGUGUUCUUCAUGAUCACUCCUUUGAAUCUAGCCGGUAUGGCCAUCGAACGCUUCAUUGCUGUCUGUAAACCUCUGCAUCACUCUCAGAUCUGCACACCGCAAAGAACCUACAUCUUUGUAUGCUUGCUCUGGGGUAUAGCAGCUAUACGUUCUGUUGUAGAUAUAAUGAUUUCACUGCUAACCCAACCCAUAUCUUUUUUCAGAUCAUUUGUUCCUUGCUACCCAACGUAUGUGUUCCCUUCAAAAGCCCACGAUGACCACAACAUUGCUUCACAGGUCAUCUGUAUGUCAAUGGUGUGGAUAAUUAUCAGUUACACAUACUGCCUAGUCCUGUUCGCUGCCAGAAAGGCCGUUUCAAAGGGUUCAGCAAACAAAGCUCGCAGUACGAUAUUACUGCAUGGUGUCCAGUUACUGCUUUGUAUGCUUUCUUAUGUCACACCUUUUAUGUACACUGUGAUUAUACCGCUUUUUCCUCUACAGAGAACUAAUAUUGCUUUCUGUAUUUAUGUGUUCACCAACAUUAUGCCAAGAUUACUGAGCCCUUUGAUAUAUGGAGUCAGAGACCAGAAGUUUGUGAAACAAAUGAAGGAAAUCUUUACAUGUAAAGUUAUAAUUCUAAAGAUUGUGCCGUCAUAA